CAUGGCCGCCGUGCCGCCGCCGCCGCGCUGACCCCUGCCGGCCGCCAUAGCCGGCGCUUCCUCUCCAAGAUGGCGGCGCCCAGCGGGAGGAGCGGCCGGCGCUCGUGGGCCGCGCUGGUGCCCGCAGCUCUGCUGUGCCUGGCGGCCCGCGCGGCCGCGGAACCGGGCACGGCCCCGGGCGCGGCCCCGAGCACGGCCGAGUUCGACGUGCGGCCCGGCGGGGAGGUUCACUCCUUCUCCCGGAGCCUGGGGGAUCUCGGCUGCACCUUCACCUACUCGGCCCAGGGCGGCACCAACGAGCAGUGGCAGAUGACGGUCGGAGUGAGCGAGGACAACGGGCUCUUCUCCUGCUCCAUCUGGAGGCCCCAGGGGAAGUCUUAUCUCUUCUUUACCCAGUUUAAAGCUGAAGUGAAAGGAGCCAAGAUAGAGAAUGCCAUGGCUUAUUCUCAGGCUGCUGCGGGUGCCCUGAGCGACGUCCCCUUGAAGCAGGAGGAGUUUGGGGUCACUGAAACAGCAGUGUCUCACAGGGAAGGCAAGUUCCGUUUCGAGCUGUCCAAGCUCGUGAUUGUGGCAAAACCCCCCCGAGACGAGCUGUGAGGCCAGGCCAGCCCUGCCAGGGGGCACGGCCACACCAGCACGGCAGGGAAGGCAUUUCCUGCUCACCUGCAGGGUCGUUCUUUUGGUUGGCCAAACCUUUUGUGUUUUCCAUACUGAGAUGUGCUGGGGACCCACACGAGUGGGGCUUGGAGGGCUGGGGACAGGUUUGUUCUGCCUCGUGUCAGAGUGACCCCCUGCUCCUCCUGUGGCCCUUCCUGCCUGGCUGAGCAGGGCACAGCUCCCUGGAAAGGGGCUCCUUAUCUGCCUGCCUGGGAAGAGCAGGGCAGGGAGAUAAGUGGCUGCUCUUAAGCAGGGCUUGCUGAAGGGGAGUUGUUAACUCUGUACUCUCUGGAGGGGAGAUGGGAUUUCUCUCUCCACCAGCGUGACAGGAGGAAAUAAUUAAUUUAGGGGGAGGGAGGGAGGGGGUUGGCCAAAGCUCUGAUUCCAUGGUGAGUGUUGGGGCUGGGGGAAGGCAGAGCAGCUUAUUCUGACAUAAUCAGGAGUCAAUCCAGGCAGCAGUUCCACGUGUCAGCACAACCACAGGACUAUUUUAUACCUACAGAAAAGUGAUUCUUUUCUUAUCCAGAGUAAUAACAGGGAAUGUGCAAUUCCUUUCCUGUGUAAAUACAGCACCAAUAAAGAAAUAAAGCAUC